GACUUAAUUAAUCGCAUAGUGGACUUGGUCAAAUUAAGUUGCCUAAUCUUCAAAAACCACCAUUAAAAUUUCCAAGUUCCAACGUUCCCAAGUCAAACAAACUCAACCCCUCCAUCACGCCAUUAUCCUUCCCACAUUCUCACACACACGCUUUUCUUCCUUUUACCCCAAAGAUUCCUUCUUUUACUCCCUUUUUUCCUUCUUCUCAUAUUCCCAAAGCUGAUUUUCACCACUUAAUAGCAUAAUUAUCACCAAUUAGUGAGUAAAGUUUCAAACUUUCUGCAAACUUUCUGUCUUUCUUCCUUUUUUUUUAACUUUUCUGGGUUUUUUGUAAGAACCCUAAUAAAAAGUGGGUUUUGAAAAUGGUUGUCUCUUCUUUGAGAUUGUUCGUGUUGGUAGUUUUAUCUUUGGGUUUGGUGAAUUGGGUAUCCGCUAAUUCAGAAGGAGAUGCACUUUAUGCUUUGAGGAAGAGCUUAAAAGAUCCGGAUAAUGUACUCGAAAGCUGGGAUCCGAAUCUUGUUUGCCCUUGUACUUGGUUUCACAUCACUUGCAACGCUGAUAAUCAUGUUACUAGAGUAGAUCUUGGGAAUUCGAACCUUUCAGGACACUUGGUCCCUGAACUUGGCAAGCUUGAAUAUCUCCAGUAUUUGGAAUUGUACAAGAACAAUAUUGAUGGAAGCAUCCCGGCUGAGCUUGGAAAUCUCAAGAGCUUAAUCAGCUUGGAUUUAUACAACAACAAUAUUUCAGGAAACAUUCCUUCACAAUUGGGAAAUUUGAAAUCCCUAGUCUUCUUGCGACUCAACAAAAACAAAUUGACCGGUUAUAUCCCGAGGGAGCUUACUAAGAUUUCCACCUUGAAAGUUUUAGAUGUUUCUAACAACAAUUUAUGUGGAACAAUUCCGACAUCAGGCCCUUUUGAGCACAUUCCUCUAGAAAACUUCGAGAAUAACCCGCGCUUAGAAGGUCCGGAAUUGCUCGGACUUGCUAGUUACGACACAAACUGUGUCUGAAGAAUCGAUAUCAGAACGGUCUCAAGACGUUAUCAUCUCUAGUCGUAAAUUUAUAUGUUGUUACUAAUCGCAAUGUAAUGUAAUGUAAGAUUGUGAUAAUUUGAAUACAUGGUUACACAGAGUGCAAACUGAAGUAUGUAAUGUGAAUGGAAGAUAAUUAUGCAGCUGCCAACUAUAUGUCAUUGUUAAUAAAGUUAACUGCAACUAGCAAAGCUGUUUUUUUAGUGAAUUUAAGACCCUACAUUGAUCAGAAA